CUUGCGUGUAUUUGUCAUCCGUUCGGCGCGCACCCGCGCAACAGGUGAUGCGCCGUGCCGUAAAUCCGUGAAUGCCCCUACAUCCCAAUUCAAUCCAAAAGGCCAUGAAAUAAACAAAAUACCCCGAACAAAGACAAGUGGCCUCGGCGAUAUGUGAGGCAUUUUCCCCAGUGACGAUUAUAUCCCACCCCUUUUUAUACCUUUUCUCUUUCACUGGAAAUUCGUCAUCUCCAGUUGAGACUCGCGAGUUCAGUGACAAAGGCAAGACAAAUAAACCGUGACGAUCUCUCGCUCAUUCGGAGCGCUGCCUCCUUACAAUUUAAUUAAUUAAUAAUUAAUUAAACCAAAGUGAUUUUUACUGUGACGUUUAUUACCACAAGGAAUACAGCAGUUGUGAGGACCUCAAUCAACGAAAAACACUCCAAGAAGCGGAAAUGAAUUCUUCUCAAAGGGAUGCUGAACGAAAUGAUUAGUCAACGGGAAUUGUGAUCUAUCAUCGGCUCAAGAACGUGGGAUGACUAACAUGAGAGUCAUACGAUAAUGUCACAAGUUGGUAACAAGGAUUGUGUUUCACAAAAUCAGAAAAAGAGGGAAUCGAUCGGCAGCAAUGCCUCGAGCUACUUGAUUUUAUUAAAUUCCCUGGCGAGUGAUUUGGACUGUAUGCUAAGUGAGCUCUGCAAUAGUCCGACAGAUCGUUUCAAAAGAAACGAUGUAUUUUUGGAACCUUACUUGCAACAACGUAGAACUGUCGACGAGGUCGAUGGAUCACCUGCUACUCCACCACCAAAUCCCCUUAUGCAGCACCAAUUGAACCACAUGCACCAUGUAAAUCAGAGCUCGGAAUCCCUGUCGUCCGAAGGUGGCUCCUCAGUUCACGGUACAUCAACAGCUGAGUCAUCCUCACGUUCAGACUCAGGAAGUGAAGUGGCCUGUGACAUAACACUGAUCGAGAGAAUCAUAAGGUCCCAUCCGAUAUGGUUUCUCCCUGGGAUUCAGAGAGCCGGAGCAUUUCACCUUCUUCAGGGAAAGGAGGAGGGGAAUUUUGUUGUCAGACAGUCGAGUCAGAGUGACACAAUGGCACUGUCCGUCCGACUGCCUUCUGGAAAGGGUCCCUACAUUGAGCAUUACCUCAUUCAAGCUAAUAAAGGAAAAUUGAGCCUUGAAACCAGUGACAAUCGAUUUGAUAACAUUCCUUCGCUCAUAGCGCACUAUGCGCAGUGCUGUGACGAGUUACCUGUCCAACUGACCCUACCCCGAGCGAUGCGCGAUGCCAAGAAUAGGCAGCAGCUGUCAUCGCUGGCGCUUUUGGGUCAGGAGUUCUGGAGAUAUCCCAUGGCAAAUCCCAAAUCACCAGAGAGUGCCGGCAGUACGACAAGCAGCAAUGGAUCUAGUCUGGCGAGUUUUCAUGCCGGAAAUGAUGGACACAAUGAUGAUAAAAAUAUCGUGCUGAAUCUGGUGCCAAUAUCUGCUCAUGACUCAACAAGCAUCUCAUCACGCCGAACAACAGGCACAUUCGGCUCAUCCCUUCCCCGCCAGCCUCGACCGACUCCACCCAACACCCUCAACUUGACCCACCUAAACGAGCCCCUGGAGGCCAAAAAGUCCCAGCUGGACAUAAUCCUCUCAGCCGACAAAAAUUGCCAGAAACUAAUAUCACCAAACCUCGUGCAAAGCGUUCGCCGUCGUUCCCCCAUUGUACAUAACGUGGAAAACAACGUUCUCAUUCCCACAGACACAAGAUCGACAAUAGACUCGGGUAUUCAGGCGAAUUUGAACGAUCAAACUUCCCCUAAAGACUUGGACAUUAAAACAAUCGUUCUGGGACACCAGGAAGUUGUGCAAUGUCAAACGACAAAAACACCCCCACCACCGCCACCGAGAUGGGCAAAACCCAGUGCAAGUCAGUGCCAAAGUAACGUUACAGUAACGACAACAACAGUGAUAACACUAAACGUGAAUCAAAAUAAUGGGACAGAUUAUACGGAGAACGGGGAGAAGAGCAUUAAGCCAAAUUACAUGGGGAAGAGUCAUAAAUUGUCACCGGUGAUGUCACCGUCGGCAAAACUAGUCACGUGUGGGUCGAGGAACCCGAGUAUGAUGUCACCAGCUACGCCAUCGUCGACGAGCAAGUCGCGACGGAGGAAGGACCGUGAGGCGAGGAAGAAUUCACAGCAUUAUCAGGAGUCGGAUAUCCUGGAGUCGUAUUGCCGCAGCUCGCCGGGGGACAAGGUGUCGGAUUAUGAGGACAUAUGGGGGACCAAUGAGAGGUCCAACAACUCGAGUUGUUGGAGCCCCGAGUCCAGGAUUUUGAGCCCCUGCGACGGUGGCCUCAGGGACUCGGUGAGUGGGGAUCGACUCAUGCUGCUGAGGGGCGACAGGGCUGACAGGUCCAGGGAGAAGCUCAGUUACAUGGAGAUUACUAGUCCCGAGUUUAGCAGUUUUAAACCUACUGUGGAGAAUAAGAGUCCGAGGGGUUCAACAUCCCCGGACGACUCGAUCGUUCCUCGUCGGCCCGAUCUCCUCUCCCGAGUUUGCUCAGCAAAUUCCUUGAACAGUCCAAGCAACGUUGCAUCCUCAAAAACAAAACUCACCGUGAUGUCCACAAAAUCGGAGAGCAACAGUCCAAUGACACCGGAGUCUAAAUUGAGCAGUCCCUUUUACGCAGAGCCUGCCGAUGCAAUUCAGCAGGGAGGAAGAGGUUUUGUCACAAGGAGACGCCACAAGAGCUCAUGUUUAACGAGUAAAUAUCGACACAGCGAGCCCGGUUGGUUUCAAACACCAACGGCAAAUAGCAAUCAGAUGCAUCCCAUCGAUUGGUCCCAGUGUGAGGAGACAGAGGACAAAAUUCCCCUCAUUUCAUCGUCGGUGGAUAAUCUGUCGAAGAGAUUCGUCGCCAAGGAGAAGAAGGGCCCGACGAGGGCUAAGCCUGUCCAACCACCGAAGGUGCGAGCCAAGAUGUCCACUGACGCCUCGUGGCCUGUCGACUCCAGCUGGGAGUUCAUUGGGAAUGAGGACGACGAGACGAAUGACGACGAGCACAAGGAGAUCAAUGGCGAGGAGAACAAAUUCAAUGACAAUAGUGUACAUAAAAAAUACAGGAGCAGGGAGGACAAUGACACUGAGGAGGUGGACGAGUCUAGUAUUGGCAAGACUGAGAAUGAGACGGAUUUUGACUGCGGGUCGGAAACUUCGGGAGAUAUUGCUGUGAGAAAAUUCCCCAGGGAUGAGGGGUUCAAGGGGCACAGCAGUGUUAAUGUCCAGAGUAUCAUUUUUCAGAGAUACCCAGAGUUAUUCAAGUCCACAGACACAAUGGAGUCGAUUCACAGUGACAGAAAUUCCUCCUACGACAACGUUGAGAGACGCCGAGAAACCGAGAAUGAAUUAUCAGACACUUAUUACCGACCAGACUCAGAGACAGUAGACACUGAUGAGAGCGAUCACGAGAGAAUAAAUCGCAAUGUCACCUUUAAAAACCGUCUGGAUCCACUGCUCUCACCACCAAGACUGCAAGCACUCAAGAAUCGGGACGCAGGUGGUAUAGGUACAAGCAUAAGAGCCUAUGCACUUUUGCUAGCUGCCGACAAGACAACAACAUUUUCCCAGAACAUCGAUAAUUUCAUUCAGUGCACGAUGGAGGGCAAAGAGGCUAGUCCCCACAUUGUCAUGAGAAAUAUCCGUCAAUUUAUGUCGGGGAUGAAGAAUUAUCUCGUGAAACACGGGGAGAGAGAAUUUGAGAAGGAAGUUGAGAAGGAGAGACUCAAACUCAAGCCUAAUGAGUUUCUCAAUUUGGAUGCCAUUCUGGAGGGCGUUAUGAUGAGACUCGUUGUAAGGCCUCUGCGGGAGCAUGUUUAUAAACUUUUCGUCGAUCAUUAUGGCGCCACGGGAUCUCUCAAGACACUUGUUGAAAGUAUACAAUUUGCCCAGGGAAAGCAUAUUCAGGAAUUAGGCGUUAGAGGAACAAUAACUCCACCAUCUGACGCAAGCCUCAGUUUAAUCCUGAAAUACAUAGAGCGCCUGCAGUACUCGGAUUCGCCCCUGGAGAAAUUGGAGAAUUUAUUAUCAGCUAUAUCGGCAAUAUUUAAUUCCGUGAAAGAUGCAAAUUCGGAUAGACAUGUGACACUGGGUGCUGAUGAUCUACUGCCCCUUCUCGUUUGGGUAUUGGUGAGGGGCAAAGUGGUUGAUGCUGAAAUUGAAGCGGAAUUCAUGUGGGGUCUGCUCCAUCCGUCUCUUCUCACUGGGGAAGGCGGUUAUUAUCUCACUACAUUAUCGAGUGCUGUGCAUGUGCUGAAGACUUUUAAGAAUAGUCAAGCUACAAUGUCAACGAAUAACGGUCUCACCACAAGUCCCGACUGUCGUUCUUCCGUACUUAGAGUUCUAAUACCCGACGAGCUGCACGGCUCCCUAAACACACGAACACUGCCCGUAAGACCAAAUAUGAAUACACGUGAUAUUUGCCGUAUUCUUGCGCACAAAAUACGAUGCACUAAUCCCCAGGAUUAUGGACUCUUCAAAUUAGUUCAGGGAGAAGAGACACUUCUUGGGGAUCACGAGUGCCCUCAGGAGAUGUCACACUGCCUCUUCGCCUUCAAGCGGAUCGAUGCCAAAAUUGCCUGGCCUAAAACAGCCACAUGAAUCGUCGUUCAAGGGGGGGUGGGGCAAAAUGGACACCUGACUCCGUAAAGAAUAUUCGUAACUUUGGACCAAAUUUUUUUUAUUGGAAAAAAAACACCUCAGUUUGUCAUUAAUUCAAGGAGUCAUCGGCGGUGAGGCAAAGUCAAGUGUUUAUUUGGUCUCGCACUCGGCUAAUGAUUUUAAUCACCACUACGUUGAUAAUUAUGCUCAAAAAUCUUUUUUAACGAAAACAAUUAACGAAAUCUCAAUCAAAAUAAUUGGAACAUGGUCUGUUCUAGUUAGGGCGUCUUUUUAAAAUGGAAAAAUCCUCAGUUUUUGAGGUAUUUUUAUUGGUAUUGAAUUUUUUUAAUGAAAGACUAUGAAGAGAGUCUAGAAACUUUGAUAUCUCCUUUAGUUUUCAACGGAUUCUUUGGAAAAAUUCUACACUUUGUUAGGAACUCCCAGCACUACUACUUUAAAAUUGAUUUGACCAUUAAUGGUGACUCUUGUUAUUGUUCUUGUUAUGAAUUUAAUUAAUGGUAUUAUACUCUGUUCGAGCAAUUUAAUUGUCUAGUAGUUUUUCUCAUCCAACUGUAUUCACCCAAUUCUCAUAAUUUCACUCUUCAUCUGAAUUUACCCACCGCAUGUCAUUCUUCAUUCGACUAAAUAAAAAAAAAUGAGAAUUAUGGUAAUUUAAUUAUCCACUAAACUUAAGAGUGAACACUUAUUUAUUCCAUAAAACAAAAAAAAAGAAAUCAAAUGGCAAUGACAUUAUUUGUCAAUUGACUCUAGGGUAAGAGUAGUAGUUACCGAAAAAAAAAAUUGCAUCUUCCACUAUGAAAUUUCUGCCUAAUGGAGAGUAAAAACUUAAAUUUUCAACGAAGCCUAAACUUCAAAAAUACUAUUUUAAGGUGGACUAACUCGUAAGCAUUUUUUACACGAGAAAUAAAAAAAACUACGAUAUUUAUUGGAAUUUGUAAACAUACACAUAUAUUUCUAUAUACCAAUUGUACAAUUACAAAUGACAAAAGAGAAAAAUCGUUCCUCGAUUUGACAAAAUGACUAUUAAGUGACAAUUAACUUCAUUUUUGUGAUUUUAUCGUGUCACUCAUUCAAUGUUAUAUAAUUUAUUUACGUUUGUAAGGAAGAAGGCAAUAUGAUUAUUUGUUCCCAUUUCAUUCGAAUUAUCAUAUUUCACGCAUUCGCACUAAAACGCUUUAAUUUUUAUUACUUCUGUUCGCUUAUUAAAUAUUUUAAUAAUUGUGCUAGUCAACUCGACGUGAAUUUUAUCAACUUUUUUUUGUAUUGGAAGAAUGUAAUUUACAGGUUGUUUGCAAAAUUAUUAUGAAUUAUUGUUGAAUUGUCGAUGUAGUUAAUCAUCUUAUCACUGUCAUCGUCACUAUUAUCACGAUAAAAUGUAACAAUGCUCAAUAAACAUUUUCUACUACAGUUCA